GCUGUGCUCCCCCCGCAGUCCCUCGGGGCCGGUCCAGGGGCCGUAUCCUGUGGUCCCGGGCAUCGAGCCCUAUCCCAAAUGGCUGUGAUCACCAUGGCAACGCUGACUUCAGCCUCCGCCACCUACUCAGGCUCAGAGCCACUGGGUGCCGGCUGAUGGAUUGGUACGGGCACCGGACCGAGGAUGUCCUCGAUGUUCGGCAAACCCCGAGCCAGCAGCGAGCGGCCGCCCCAGAGUCCCCUCCCCGAGUGCAACGUGGCCAUCCUGGGGUGCAGAGGGGCCGGCAAGUCAGCUCUGACCGUGAAGUUUCUAACCAAGAGGUUCAUCAGUGAAUAUGAUCCCAACUUGGAGGACACCUACUCCUCGGAGGAGCUGGUGGACCAGCAGCCUGUGCUCUUGAAGGUGAUGGACACUGCUGACCAGGAUGGCCCUGGGAACUGCGAGCGCUACCUGUGCUGGGCCAGCGCCUUCCUGGUUGUCUACAGCAUCGACAACAGGAAAAGCUUCGAGGGCUGCCAGCGCUACCUCGAGGUGCUCGCCCUGCACGCGCGGGGCUGCCAGCGCCGCUGCCCCGUGCUCCUGCUGGGAAACAAGCUGGACAUGGAGCAGUACAGGCAGGUGCUCUCAGCAGAAGGGAUGUCCCUGGCCAGCAGGUUCGGGUGCCUCUUCCACGAGGUGUCGGCAUGCCAGGACUUCGCUCGGGUGCAGCACGUCUUCCACGAGGCCGUGCGGGAGGUGCGGCGCCAGGCGGAGUGGAACCUUCCCGUGCGGCCACUCUUCAUCUCCGAGGAGCGGCCCUGCCCGCCCGUGGCCACGCCGGUGGCCCUGCCCACGCACCACAGCUUGGCCACCUGCACCUUCAACACCCUCUCCCCCGUCAGCUACAAGGAGAUCCCCUCAGUGGCCCAGGCCAAGCUGGUCACCGUCAAGUCCUCGCGGGCUCAGAGCAAAAGGAAGGCUCCCACGCUCACCUUGCUGAAAGGCUUCAAGAUAUUUUAGGACACAUCCCUGUGGGCUGCAGAGAGGGAGGAGAGAGACCCUCAUCUGUCCCCCCAGCUCCACAGAAGCUGGGACCUUCCAUGAUGGAUUCACAGGCACUGCAGCAGCUGCUGGCAGAUGGUGGCCCCGGUCUCUGUGCCGGGGCAAAGCCAGCAGUGGCAACUUGGCGAGGAGGCAGAGUGCCAAGGGUCUGACACGGGCUGUGGCAUCGCUCUGCCUGCCCCUGCCCGGGGCUGCUGUGGUGUUUGCACCCUGUUCUGCCACUGCCGCUGGGGCCAGCCCAGUUUUCUGUGAGGAUGCAGCAGCUCCCAGAGGAGGCAGAGCUGUGGAUACCAUUGGCAGGGGAAGGGCCAACCCCAUGGCCACAGCCAGCUUGGACACCUGGCCCACAACUACAGGAGCCCAGGAAUGGGGAACUAAUCAUUAAUCCAGCAUGGAGGCACCCAUCUCAUUCAUCCCACAGGUCCCCGACUAAGCAAUAAGUAGGAGGAAUUUUUAUUUUUUUUUAAAUCCAGAUAAAAAAGGUGCAGAUACUGUUUCAGCUGCUUAAAGGCCUCAGGUGACCUGAAAUUGAUACCUACACAUCAACCUAAGUCACACCAAAAUUGCUGCUUUUUUGCUCAACUUUUUACACUAUAGCAUCCCUUUCCAAAGGCUUUGCAAAGAGAUGAUUUGCUGACAAGGACAUGGUCUGCAAAGCCUGUGUUUAAAAGAUUGAUGCAUUUCCAAUAAUGUCUUAAAUUAUUUCAUGGCUUCUACGUGUGCCCAGUGAAGGACACAAAGGAAAUCCUGGAGCAGACCAGGCUCUACCUGUGCCCCAGCCAGCAUCAAGGGCUGGAUGUUUGGUUUCAGGUGCUCCAUCAGAUUAAAUGUUCUGCUUCUCCCUGGAGUUGCAGUUACUUUGCAGAGUAAAAUAUCUAUGUGUAUAUUUGUACAUAUAUAUAUACAAAUAUAUAUAUAUAUGACCUUACUGACAGAGAGAUGCAAUAUGGCAUUUUGAUCAACCACUUUGGAAAGUAUUUUAAUAAAGAGGAUUCUGAAAAGAAUAAAAA